GGUUCGAAGCCCAACCAUAGCCUGCCGUGCUCUUAUACUCGUAGCUUUGUAUCAAGCCCUCAUCCAUGAGAUUUAUCUGCAGAUUACAGAGGACAUCACAGGCCACUAAGGAUAAUGCACCAUGAAACAUGAUGUGCUAAUCCUGCAGUCACAUACUUUUAUGAAAAGCACCUUUUGCGUAUAACUCUGGUGUGGGUAUUGUUUUUGGUUGCUUGAAUUGCAAUUGGCAUAGCACUAAAAUUUUCUCUCUUACAAUGGAUGUAGAAGAAAAGAGAUCAACAAGCCUUAGCAAGUCAAGUAUUCUCAUCAUAGUUGUGGCAAGUGUGGAGAGAUUUGCAUAUAAGGGAGUAGCUUCAAACAUGGUAACUUACUUGACUGAUGUGGUGAAGUUGAGCACAUCUUCAGCUGCGAAGAGUGUCAGCAGUUGGAGCGGAGUAACGUUGAUGCUUCCCCUUAUAAGUGCAGUGCUCACUGAUUCUUACUGGAAUCGAUAUUCUGCUAUUGUAGCAUCGUCCAUGCUCUAUAUUGGGGGACUUCUGGGAUUGACACUAUGGACAAUACUAUUUUCACACAUGCCAACCUCUUCCCUGUUUAUCCCUCUCUACUUGAUUUCUGUAGGCCAAGCUGGUUACAAUCCAUCAUUGCAAGCAUUUGGUGCAGAUCAAUUGGAGUUAGAUGAUGAUCACCAUGAGGAAAGCAAAACCAGCAGAAAGAAGAGCUUGUUCUUUCAAUGGUGGUACUUUGGCCUUUGCAGUGGUAGCCUCUCAGGGAACUCCCUCAUGUCUUAUAUCCAAGAUACCAUAGGUUGGGGAUUGGGGUUUGCUAUCCCUACCAGCGCAAUGAUUUUAUCCGUGAUAUGCUUCUUAUCUUGUGCACGUUUCUAUGUAUAUAAGAAGCAUCUCAAUGUUAGCAGUCCAUCUAAUCAAAACAUCGUCCAAGCUACAAGGGUUGCUAUAAAGAAUAUCAUUAAUCUAAAGCUAGGCUUACGACCAAGAGAUGACCUACACGAACUAGAGUUACAAGAGAAACCUCUGAAGGAUGAUUUCAAUGCUUCAAAAAACAGCGACACAAACUUCAAAGAGAAUGAUGAAACAUUCACUGUUGCUAAAAAGAUGCUGAGGCUUUUCCCUAUUUGGAUAAUGCUCCUAAUGUUUGGAGUUAUCUUUCAACAACCACUAACCUUCUUCACAAAGCAAGGCAUGGCAAUGAAGCACACAUUCAGAAGCAGCUUUGUGAUCCCUCCAGCGACACUACAGAGUGCGAUAACUCUUUCCGUUAUAUUGCUUAUGCCAUUAUAUGAUAAGCUUAUAAGUCCCAUACUAAGUUUGAUAACCCGCAGUGAGAGAGGCAUCAGUGUUCUCCAAAGAAUGGGGAUUGGCAUGGUACUCUCCAUUCUCGCCAUGAUUGUUGCUGCAAUUGUAGAGACAAAGAGGUUAGAAUUUAGUAAGAAAGAACCCGAACAUGAAAUAUUAAGCAUCUUCUGGUUGUUACCUCAAUAUAUUCUCGUAGGGAUCUCUGAUGUAUUUACGGUAGUAGGAAUGCAAGAGUUCUUCUAUACAGAAGUACCUUCGACAAUGAGAACUAUCGGUAUAGCGCUGUAUCUCAGUGUAUUUGGAGUGGGAAGCCUCCUAAGUGCGUUACUAAUCUCAGUGGUUGAGAUGUUCACUGGUACAGAUAAUAGUUGGUUCUCUGAUGAUAUGAGUGAAGCUAGGCUGGAUAAAUACUACUGGUUUUUGGCUCUGUUGGCUCUUAUUAGCUUCCUCACAUUUGUAAAGUUGUCUAGGAAUUAUGAUCAUUCCAAUGCUUCUACUAGUGACGGCCAAUGACGAAGCAUUGUUGAUAGAGUUCAAAUAGUACAGAGAGCUUUAAGUGUGUUACAAUUUGAUAAGUUUUUUAUCUUAAA